AUGGCCCCCGGCAAGAAGAAGAGCCCGAAGAGGGAGGGUCAAAAGGAUGCUGGAUCGGGCGGCGGCAGUGAGCAGGGGCAGACCCGCGAGGCCCAGCAGCAGCGCGCCCAGCUGAUCAAAGCCUACCUCCAGCACCGGCUGCAGCAGGGCGAGGCGGCAGCGGCGGCACAACGCGAUGGCGCCGCCGCCCGGGAGUCAGCUGCCGGCAGCGAGCAGGCCGCGCUGGAGCGCCUGGCCCCGGAGUGCCGCCUGUCGGUGCUGGACCUGCGGGGCGCGAUCAAGAGGGCUGCCAUGAACAAGCACCUCAGCAAAGACAAGGAGAAGCUUCUGCUGGAAAUUGCCUCCAAGCUGGAGCAGCAUGGGCCUGUGGCCUACCAGACCGCCGCAUCGGCCCUGCGGACCCGCAGGCACGGCGAGCGCGGGCUGGCCGGAGUGGCAGAUGCACAGGUGUUUGAUGCCCGCAUCGAGGAGGAAGAGCUGCGAGACAAGGCGGGGCAGUUGGCGCGGAUAAAGGCGUACCUCAGCCGGCCGGGUCCUGCACGCAGUGUGGCCGAGGCAGCCCACGAGAUUGGUCUGGAGCUUGGGAGCCCGAAUUUUGGCUUGUGGAUGGGGCACAGCUUUCUGCGCCACCCUCUGCCGCACAUCUCCAGCCUGCUGCCCUUCUCGAUGGCGGGCGCCGACGUCAUGGUGAUACCGGAGGUGCCGCUGACUCGCCUGGCCGCCCGCCUGCACCGCCGGCUGCUCAGCCUGCGCCGCAAGGCCGCCGUGCUGAGCUGCGGCAGCCCUGAGGCGGCGGCGGCGGCGGCGGCGGCGGCGGCGGCGGCGGCGGCGCAGGAGGAGGGGUUCGGGGGCGGCGAAGAGGAGGGCCUGGCUGAACUGCUGGAGUGUCCUUGGAAGGAGCUUGAGAGCAUGGCGGGCUUGCUGCAGGACAGCUGCCGGCUUGCAGGCAAGAAGCCUGCCGCGCCGGAGUGGCCAGGGCGGGGCUGGGGCGCAGACACCAUCACUUCUACGGUGGCCAAGGGCGCGGCGACCGAGCGGCUGCUGGCGAACAGAAUCCAAGCGCAGGAGCCCCAGGCACGCCGGGGCUGCCGCCUCCCCGCGGAGCAGGCGUUGGCUGCCGCGCUGCGUGGCCACAUGCUUAUGCUGCUGCAGCAGUGCGCGGCCGCCCGCGGCCUGGCCGGAAGCUGCGAGGAGCUGCAGGCGGCGGUGCGGCCGCUGCAGCUGGUCAUGGGCAGCCCGACGUCCACGUCCAGAGACCUGGCGGGGGUGGCGUGUGUGCUGGCGUCGGCGGCGCCGACGGCGGUGGAUGGGCUGAUGACGACGCUGCUGUCACUGGGGGAGCCCCGGGGGGGCACGUUUUGGCGCCAGAUGCUGCUGCUGCUGCGCCUGCUGGAUCUGGAGCCGCCACCGCAGGCGCCUGGGGCAGGGCAGGCGGGCGAGGAGGGGCAGGAGGAGGAGGAGUUUGAUGACGAUGAGGAGGAGGAGGCGGCAGCGGCAACUGAUGCUGUGGAGGAGGAGGGGCAGCUUCCGUCGGCGGCCGUGCUGCAGGCGGCGGCGCGGCGCCUGGCGUUCAGGCGGCGGCGCCAGCUGGCGGCUCGCAUCCUGCUGGCGCUGCACCGCAUGCAGGCCCGCCAGCGCCUGUUUGAGGCGUUUGUGAUGCCGCUGCUGGAGUGCAUCGACAAGCAUGCGCAGCUGGGGGUCGGCAGCUCCGCGGCGGAGCACCGCGGCCUGACGGGUACCAUGCUGCUGCGCCAGCUCACUCUGCUGCCCUCGGACUGCCUGCUGGCUGCAUACACGUAUGUUGCGGCGGGGUUUGGGGAGGCCUUCCGCACGCCAGAAGACCUGGGAGGGCCGUCGCCGCUGUUUGCCGACGAGCACGUGAUGCGCGCAGAGCUAGGCAAGGCGGACUUUGGGCAAGCGGCGGCCAUCUCUCUGGGCGGCCUGUCCUGGCACCCGCCCGCGCCUGCUGGCGGCCCAGGCCACGCGAUGAUCGGGGUCAGCCCCUUUGCCGUGCAGCUGGCGCUCCACCAGCUGCCAACGGCGGCAGGCGAGGCGUCGCCGCCGCCGCACACCGAGCCGGGCUGGUGCCCGCCCUGCGCCGCCGCCGGGAGGGCCGGCGCCACGCCGGCCACCGCCUCUCCCGAGGACUGCCUGGGCGGCCUGGCUGGGCUGGCGGCUGGUGCCCUGCGCAUGCCUGUCGGCACCGUGCCGGGGGGCAGCGAUGGAGCAGUCAUGCUGUGCCUGCAGCUCUUCAGAAAUGAGUCGGUGCUGACCCUGGGUGCCAGCGCGCAGCUGGGCCGGCUGGGGACCAGGACAGACCAGGCGCUGGAAUUGAUUGAGCAGCUGUCAUAUGUUGACGAGUCGAUUCAUCGCUUGAGAGCGGCGCUGCACCAUGUGUGGAAUGAAGGCGUGGGUGGGUACCAAGCUAUGGAGGAGGCGCUCGAAAAUGCCACCGAGCUAGACUCGCAGCAGAUAGCCGUCUUGCUGCACUCCACUGACGCAUGGAUAGAGCUGAAGCGCCAGCUGCUGACCGUCAGCAAGCUGUUGCUCAGGCUGGAGCUGCUGGGACAAGAGCAGGAGCUCCGGUGCCUGAAAGACUCUGGGUCCCUGCUGGCGCAGCUGGCGCAGAGGCUGGGGGCCGACGCGGCUGCGGCGAUGGUUAUGGACGAAUACACAAGCGUCGCGAUGCAUGCUCAGAACCAUGCGAUGCGCCUGGACACCGCGCACAGGCUGACGGACCGGCCAAAGGACGCCGUGCUGCCCUGGGCUACAAAGGUGCAGGCCCUGUUUGGCAGUCUGCUGGGCGACGGCAGCCUGCUGCGCAUCAUGGCUCUGGCCAGCGCCGGCAUGAGGCAGCUGGCGACAGAGUUCGAAAAGGCCGUGCUCCAGAUGCAAGUAGCGGCCUGCGCGUGCAGCCAGCUGCGCCAGGCGUGCACUGUGCACCUGCUUGCGCCGUUUGAGGAGAUUGCCGUGCAGCAGGUGCUGGCGGCGCGGUGGGAGAGGGCGGCGGCGGCAGAUCCCGCCUUGAAGGGUGGUAUCAGCCCCGAGGAGGCUGCUGCAGCCGAGCGCGCUGCUGCGGCGGCGGCGGACGCACUGCUGGCAGAGGAAAGCAAGGAGGAGGAGAAGAGCCGCAAGCGGCAGCAGCAGAAGGAAGAGAAGCGGCGGGCCGCCGAGCAGAAGCGGCGGCAGCAGCAGGAGGAGGAGGAGGAGGCGCGACGCCGGCAGCAGCAGCAGCGGCAGCAGGAGGAGGAGGCGGCGGCGGCGGCGCGGCAGAGGGAGCUAGAGGAGGAAGCGCAGCGGCACCGGCAGGCUAAAGAGCAGGCUGCGGCGGCGGCAAGGGCUGCCGCGGAGGAGGAUGCCAAGGGCCAGGAGGCAGCAAGGCCACCCAGCAAGCAGGCGAGCAGCAGCCCGGGAGAGGCCGGCACUGGGACCAAGCAGGCAGAGCAGCAGCCGCGGAAGCAGAAGCAGCAGCAGGCGCAGGCGCAGCAGGCGCAGCAGGCGCAGCCGGCGCACCAGGAGCACCAGGAGCAGCAGCAACAGAAGCACUCUCCACCGCAGCAGCAGCAGAAGGCACAGCACAAGCAGCAGAAGCAGCAGAAGCAGCCCGAGCACCACCAGCAGCCGGAGGCGCAGCCUCCCAGGUUUGCGCAGGCGCCCGGCAAGGCGCAGCAGCAGCGGGCCUCGCCACAAGGCCAGCCGCAGACCGCCCAGCCGCUGCCGCAUCAGGGCGACAGCAGCGGCGGCCUGGACGGCCGCGGCGGCAGGAGGACACCCACCGCUCCCCCUGCAGAGAGAACCCGCAUUCUGACCGUCCCCCGCCGGCCCGCCACGCCGCCAGACCAGCAGCACGGCGCGGCAGAGAAGCACGGCGCAGCAGAGAAGGCAGAGGCGGCAGCCGCAGCGCCCGCGGCAGCCGGCGGCUGGGCGUGGGCCGCGGCGCAGCCGCCGGCAGCGGCGGCGGCGGCCGAGCCGGCGGCGGCUGCCUCGUGGCCCGCGCCCGCAGCCCUGGAGCCGCCCGCAGCGCCGGCGCCCGAUGCGGGCGCUCUGCUGUGGCCCACCCUCUGCCAGCCUCUCCCGCCAGCGGCGCCGCCAGCCGUGCCGGCGCCUGCCGCCAGCCUCGCAGAGCCUGCAGCGCCUCGCCUGUCCAACGGCUGGGCCGACCCCGCCGCCGCCGCCAGGAUUGCGCAGGAGGCGGUCGUCAGGCUGUACAGCCCCGCCCAGGACGCGCCGCCGGCGCCCCAGGCGCCCCCGGCCUAUCCCACGCCCCCACAGCAGACGGCAGCGGCCGCCGCAGCGGCGGCGCCCGCGCCGGCGGCGCCGGAGCGCGCGCCCGAGCCAGCAGCGGCCGUGCCGGCGGCCACCCCCACGCCGCCGGCGGCGGCGUGGGCAGCAGGCCCCCCGGCCAGCUCCUGGGCAGCGCUGGCAGCCAAGCCAGCGACCCCCGCUGCGGCCAAGCCUGCACCGGCAGCGCCCGCGCCUGCGGCGGCAGCAGGGGAGUGGGGCGCGUCGGACUGGGGCGCGGCCGACUGGGGCGCCAGCUGGCAGGGCAGCCCCGAGCCGACCCCUUCCGAGGCGGCUGCGGCCGCGGCCGCGCCGCUGGCCGUGCUGCCCGCUGGCGGCGGCCCCGCCGCCCCCCCACCGCUCAAGUUUCUGGCGGGCGCUCGUCCCGGGCAGGCGGAGGUGGUCGGCCUGGGCGCUCCGGGGCCUGCGAACGAAGCCGGGGGAAUCAACUGCUUCCUCAACGUGCUGGCCUGGCCCCCGGAAGUCUACCUGUCCGAUGCCGUGCUGCAGGCCUUUGUGGGGCUGUUCCGAGAGCUCACAGAACUGGAUGACCACCGGCAGGCGCUGGCGCUGGCGGCCGCGGAGGGCGGCGACCCCGCGCCGCCCGCCCCCGAGCAGCAGCAGCAGCAGCAGCAGCAGCAGCAGCAGCAGCGGGCGGUGAUCGACCCCACGCCGCUGCGGGAGGCCAUCAACGCGCUGCCGGGGCAGGAGUUCAAGAUAGGCGAGAUGAGCGAUGCCGGCGAGCUGCUGCUGGUGCUGUACGAACACAUGCGGGAGGCGGCGCCCGGCGCGGCCGGCGCCAGCGUGGACGUCGCCUUUGGGCUGCGGGUGGGCGAGGGCGUGCGGUGCGGCGCGUGCGGCAAGGAAACCCAGUCAGCUCACUACACGCAGUACUUCUUCAACUCCUUUGCUGCCGCGCUGCGCGGCAGCCUGCGCACAGGCAGCGACCCCGGCUUUGGCGCCCGCCUGCGCAGCAUAGAGGAUGAGCACCAGAAGAGCUGCGACACAGACCUGGGCGGCUGCGGCACGCUGCAUCCCGUGAGGCAGGAGCUGCUGGGAGGCCCGCCCCGCGUUUUCACGCUGCAGCUGGUGUGGGAGUCGCACAGCGAGGAGCCUGGGGCCAUCGGCGGCGCGCUGCGGGCGGUGGGAGAGCAGAUCGACCUGGGCCAGCUGUACGCGGGGGUACCGCCCGGCACCAUGUACCGCCUGCGCGCCAUGGUCUGCUACUACGGCCGCCACUACUCCGCCUUUGUGCACCUGCCGGAGCUGGCCCGCUGGGUCAUGUUCGACGACUCCUCGGCAUCGUCUGUCGGCGCCUGGGCUGAGGUGCGACGGCGCUGCGAGACCGGCCGCGUGCAGCCGUCGGUGCUGUUUUACGAGGCCGCCGCCUGA